CGUGCGUGAUUGGAUCGCCUUAAGUAGCAGCGCCCUCUAACACGAAAUAAGUUUUAAGAGCUCAUGUCGACAAUCGAUCUAUGUAUGUUUGCCUGUUUGGUUUAUACUGGCAGUGGAUAAGACUACUGAUGCACGACACGAGGGAUAUGUAAAACACUUAUAUCGUGUCAGAAAGCGCUACGAUAUUGGGGACACGAAAAAUUCGAGGCUGGGUCCACCUGGCUCCUCUUUGUCCGAUGUUACCUGGAAAAUGGCAGAUUAGUAGGAUCAUCGACGAAUUUCAUCAGGGUCGUGUACGUCAAUUGAGGUUUUUAGUCUUUGGGUCCGCCGUAUGAGAGCGUACAUGCAUACGUACGAUAGCACGAAAAAAAACGGAACAGGUGAAAAAAGAUAAGAAGAGAGUCUUCAAAGUGCGUACGGUGUGUCUGUGGUAGUGAUAGUGCUGAUGUAUUGAAGAUAAAAACGGAGUCGUGGCGUUAAAUGGUGUUUGUUAACCAGGAUUAACGUACUUGAAUAAUUUCCGGCCUCGAGACUAAAGAUUCGCUCUAAAAUAUGAUGCAGUUCAUGCUACUAUUCAGUCGUCAGGGUAAGCUACGACUACAAAAAUGGUACGUGGCUCAUCCCGACAAAUUGAAAAAGAAGAUAACUCGCGAAUUGAUCACAACGAUAUUGGCCCGAAAACCUAAAAUGUCUAGUUUUCUUGAAUGGAAGGAUGUCAAGGUUGUGUACAAAAGAUAUGCCAGCCUCUAUUUUUGCUGUGCCAUUGAACAAAACGAUAAUGAAUUGCUGACGCUUGAAAUUAUUCAUCGAUACGUUGAACUGUUGGACAAAUACUUUGGCAGUGUAUGCGAGUUGGACAUAAUCUUCAAUUUCGAAAAGGCCUAUUUCAUAUUGGACGAGCUUUUGGUCGGUGGGGAGAUACAGGAGACGAGCAAAAAGAAUGUACUGAAGGCUAUCGCUGCCCAGGAUCUACUGCAGGAGCCUUUUAUUAUUCUGUUCCAGGAGGAGACACCGCAAGGAUUUUUCGAAGAUCAUGGACUGGGAUAAUUUCACUCACCGUAACCCGCAAAGACGAAGGGAUCAUGUACGCCAGCGGUGCGUCGAUUUUAACACCAUUUCAAAACUACAUUCCAUUUAUUCUUAUUUCAACAUUGGUUACUUUUUAAUUUAAUGCGGUUUUAUUAGCUAUAGGAAUUAUACACGUGCGAUUAUACAGCUUUUCCAUGAUUGUACUCGAGAAUGUCACGAUUUCAGUGCGUCAGUAUUACUGUCCAAACAUUUACACUUUACAUACGUUUCUCAUUCAAGAAUCGUUACACGCGAUGUAAGAUAAGAUAACACAAAUAAGAUCACUUUUUUUUGUUUUCUUUUCCCUAAAUAGUUUUCAUUACUUGUCACCGGCUCAGGGCUGAGUCUGUGGUAAAUUUUUAGUGCCUAAAGUCGCGUGAAUUUAAUUCUAUACAGUUUUAUUAAUCAAUCAGUUCAUACUCAUUUAUAGUCUAAUUACAAUUGAACUCUUUACCGGAGCAAUAUUUCCCAUGUAGUGAAAAUGAUUGUUUAAAAAAUUAUUAUCUCUCAAAAGAUGUACAAUCAAGAUAUUUAUAAUCAGCUAAGUUUGUGUUGUUUUAAAACUUUUACAUUCGCACACUCGUGACUUAAUUUUUCCAUUUCAGCUAAAAUUUUGUUGGGAUAUGAGACCAACAAUUCGAUAGUCGAAUAAUUAAUCAAACACUUAUUGGUAAUAAUGUCUCGGAUGUGGAGCAAUAUACGUGAAAUAGUAAUGCAAAAUUCACCAAAUAUUAACGCACAGUAUGUGAAUUUUACUUUAGUGCGUAAGAUUCGAUGGGUGUUGUAGAUAACUCGUUACAUCAAUGUAUUAUUGUUUUUAAUUCAUUUAAAAUUCCUUUAAAUUAAUUUCAACGUUUAUAAAACGUUUGUCGCCUGACAACAAGUAGAAAAUAUAUUAUUCGGAUGGUGACGGAAUUAAAGACGAAUUGAUUUACGGUCGCUCAGUUAUUACAGCAGCGCUUAAAUAAACAUUUGCAAGAAAAAAGAAAAAAAAAAAAAAAAACAAAAGAAAAAUUGAAAGAAAAAUAAAGUAAUGUCACAUCUUAUUGUUAACUAACGUG